AUGCUUAUACCUGUUUUACAAGAAGUUUUUUCUUUAGAUCAAAAGAAACUUUUAUUGAAAGUUAAAUGGCUUUCAAUUCAAAAGUCGUUUGCUUCAAUUUAUGAAGAAUCCUUUUUGUUUCAAAUAAAACACAACUUGAGAAAACAAUUCAUGUUGAACAAUUUCAUUAAAUAUAACAUCUCGGAAACAGUUACUAAGAAUGUUUCAAGUUUUAACAAUUUGUAUAAAGCUUAA